UGAAGAAGUACAUAAUUUUAUUUGGAAUUGGUGCAUGGCAUUAAAUGAUGCAAAGAAAGAUUCAGAUAUUUAUAAUGUAUUUAAAAGAGCCGAUGAAAUAAUGCUGAAAGAUGCUAUUGAUGACGGAUUCGAAAUAAAUAUGCAACAUCCUGAAGCACAUUAUACAAGUAGACCAUUGAAUGAAUAUAUCAAUAUUACGAAGAAACUUUCAAGAGAUGAACUUAAAGGUUAUACAGAAAUAAUUUAUGACUUUAAUGAAGUUGACGAAGAUGAUGAUGAAACUAUUGCAAUUAGUGAAAUUAUUGAAAUUAGUGACCUUUAUGGAGUUGACGACUAUAACUAUGAAAACAAUGAAAUUUACGAAUUUUACGAAGCUAACGAAGUUAACGAAGACAAUGAAAACAAUGAAAACAAUGAAAACAAUGAAAAAAAUGAAAAAAAUGAAAAAAAUGAAAAAAAUGAAAAAAAUGAAAAAAAUGAAAAAAAUGAAAAAAAUGAAAACAAUGAAAUGAAUGAAAAAUCAAAAACAGAUAAUUCAAGUUCACCUUUAAGAUGUUGCGUAUGUAGUAUUUCUUGA